CAAAAAUGUAAAAUAAUAUCAAAAUCAACUGUAAAUAGACAUCUUAUUCAUUUACCUUUCGUCAAGUUCGCGGUGUUGCCAUUACGCAUUACGUGGAAUAGCAUAAUAGGUACUUAAAAUUUAUGAAAAAUUAUGUGUAUGAAAAUGUGAAAACCAAGAGAUAUUUAAAGAACAAAAAUUGUGUCAUUAGUAAAGUCAACGCAGUGUGUUUUUAAAUAUGGAUGAGAUUCCACUCCAUUUAGCAACAAAAUUGGGAAACCUAGAUAAAGUUCAACAGUUGAUUGAAGAAGGGGCAAUAAUUAAUGAAGUGGAUUCUGAUGGUUUUACGUCACUACAUAUAGCUACUGAUUUCAAGCAUAUAAAAAUAAUCAAAUAUUUAUUGGCCUGCGGUGCAGAUGUAAACGCAACUGAUACGUCUCAAAGGAGGAGUCCUUUACAUUAUGCUGCGUUCAAUAAUGAUCUUGAAAUAAUUCGAUUACUCACAGAAGCUGGAGCAAAUUUCUAG